AUGAAUGUCCAGGGACUUGGCAGCAGGGCGGCUCUUCUCAGGACACACACAGUGCUGGUGUUAUGGCUGCUGGUGGCUGCAGAAGUCAGCGCCCAGAAGGGGGUCGUGGACUGGUCUCCCUUGUCUUAUGGACCUUUAGAAGACGACAUCUUGGCAGCUAACAACGGCAUCCGAGUUCCCUUCGGGAGGUCGGUGUAUCUGGAUCCCAUCAAUGAUUUAGUGAUCCAAGUACAGCCAGGAGACAAGUGUCACAUCAGCGUUCUGGACAACGAUCCACUGUCUCAGGGACCUGGCCACCUGUCUCCCAACAGGUUCCCGUGUGAAUUCGGUGCUCGGGAAGUGAAAUAUUCCCACUUGGGAGCCCGCAGCCCUUCAAAGGACAGAAUCAAGCUUCAACUCCGCUAUGACACGCACACCCGGACCGUGAUUAUACCAUUUAUGAUCGAAGUGGAUGUAUUGUUCACCCAGCUGGAAGUGGUGACCAGGAAUAUGCCACUGACAGUGGAAAAGCUGCUGACCACCAGCAACCCCAUUGACAGAAAGAUUCUGGAGUUUACCUUUGAUAGAACGUCGGAAGAUUGCAGGAUCACCCCGCUGGUGGGACUGGGUGGUCUUCCUCGGUACGGAGGGUUGCUAAAUAACCCUGGGCAGAUGAUGAACUGUGGGGAUUUCUUACAGCAGGGGGUUCGCUAUCAGCACACCGCUACCACACAGUCACCCAACAAGGAUUUCAUCCCUAUGCUGGUGGAACUCUAUGAUAAAGGAGGGAAUCUGUUGAAGCAGGAGCACUUCCAGAUUCUGGUAAGAAUCAGAGAAGGUCUGGAGAACACUCAACCAAAACCUAGUUUCAUAGCCAUGAUGAUGAUGGAAGUGGACCAGUUUGUCAUGACUGCUAUUACUCCUGAUAUGCUUGCUGCUGAGGAUGCAGAAUCAGACCCUGGGGAUCUCAUCUUCAACAUCACUUCUACGUUUGGCCCUAAGCAGGGGCAAAUUGUAAGUACAGAUGAUCGCAAUUUACCAAUCACUUCUUUCUACCAGCGAGACUUGCAGGAGUUCAGGAUAGCCUAUAAGCCACCACCCGAGGACUCAGACACUGAGCGAGUCUUUGAAGUGGAGCUGGAAGUCGUGGAUACAGAGGGUGCAGUGUCUGACCCAUUUGCUUUCAUGAUCGUUGUAAAGCCAAUGAAUACUCUAGCUCCAGUGGUCACUCGAAACACCGGACAGCUCUUGUAUGAGGGACAAUCCAGACCUCUUUCCAGUGCCCAGAAUCUCCAGAUCAGCGACGAAGACAAUCUGAGUGAAGUGACGGUUACUGUUCUGGAUGGCCUCAGGCACGGCCAGCUGUCACUGCUCAAUUCCCCACCUGGAGGCUCCAAGUUCUUCACAGCUUCAGACUUGGACCAAGGUAGGGUAAUCUAUCAACAUGACGGUAGUGACACCUACAGUGACAACAUCAUCUUUCGUAUGAGCGAUGGACAGCACGAAGUAGAGUUCCUUUUUCCUAUUACUGUGGUGCCAACCGAUGAUGAGCCCCCUAUUCUCAAUGCCAACACUGGAUUAAUGAUCUCAGAAAAGGAAAUAGCCCCUCUGACUCCAUUUGUGCUCAGUGCCACAGAUAUUGACUCUGAAGACUCUACCAUACUUUUUACCUUGGAGCCCCCUUACUCUACCAUGGGGCAGAUGGUGCUACGGCAAUCAGAGAUUCCUCUUGAUCCCUCCGAGUGGCAUUUAAUUCCCGAGCUGAAUGUGUACGAAAAGGUGGUGAGAGAGUGGACUCAGCAGGAUAUCUUAGAUGGGAAACUUCACUAUAAACACACGGGGCCACACAGUACUGAACCGGUCAUGGACCAGAUUGUCUUUAGAGUUCAAGAUGAUAACGACCCACCAAACCAGUCUGGAGAACAUAUCUUUGUCAUUAAAAUAAAUCCUAUAGAUGAUUUACCACCAGAGCUAUACCCUGGUACAACCCUGAAGAUGAUAGUGCAGGAAUAUCAUCUAACCCACUUUAGGAGGAAAUUUCUUCGUUAUACUGAUCUGGAUUCUGAUGACAGGGACCUUAAAUACACAGUGACUGCCCCACCAUCAGACACAGACCAGAACAACCCAGUUCUUAUGGGAUUCAUAGUCCUCACUGAAAAUCCAGACCAGGUUGUUACCGAGUUCACUCAAGCCCAAAUAAACCACCACAAGAUUGCCUACAAACCCCCUGAUUUAGAGCUUGGCAUCACCCCACGCGUAGUACAGUUUCACUUCACGGUGGAGGAUACAUCAGGGAAUGUAGCUGAAGGAGAUUUUACAAUAUUUCUUCAACCUGUGGACAACAAACCUCCCAGUAUUGUUAAUACAGGAUUUACAGUAUCAGAAAGGGGAAUUCACUAUUUCAGCCUGGCAGAACUAGAUGCCACUGAUGCAGACACCGAUAGGGAUAAAAUUACAUUUACCCUCACACAGUCUCCAAUACAUGGGCAGAUCUUGUACUCUAGCCAUGUCAUGGAUGUUGGUGAAGCUUUUACUUUGGACGACAUAAAAAAAGGAAGAAUAGCCUACCAGCACAAUGGUGAGGAAUCUUCAAGCGAUUCGUGUACUUUGGAUGUGAGUGAUGGUGUACAUGUCCUCACCAUCAUUGUGAAGAUCAGUGUGCGCUUAGUGGACGAUGAGGUGCCACAACUAAUGUUGCCAGCAGGUACCAUUGGUUCUUAUUUAGAUGUUUUGGAAGGGGGUUCUGCAGAAAUCACAGCAAAUGUUAUCCAAGGCACAGAUGCAGACACCGACGACCUAAUGCUUACUUUUAUAGUAGAGGACCGACCUCUCCUUGGAGAAAUCCUGCUUAAUGGGGUACCUACAGAACGCUUUUCUCAGAGGGAUAUCAUUGAUGGCUCUGUUGUGUAUACCCACACAUCUGGCGAGAUUGGUCUGCAGAAGAAGGAAGAUUCCUUUAACUUAACCUUAUCUGACCUGUCAGAGGAGUGGACCUUUGGGGGCAAUACUGUCAGAGGUGUACAAGUUCAGGUCACCAUUCUGCCCUUAGACAAUCACCCUCCAGUAGUUUUCGUGGAUGAUCAGUUUACUGUUACAGAGGGUGAAAAGAAUGUUAUUACACCUUCACACCUUAGUGUGCAAGAUACUGACACUCCUAAUGAUGAUAUACUUUGCACUAUCGUUGUGCAGCCGACGUCAGGAUAUAUUGAGAAUAUCUCCCCUGCCCCAGGCUCUGAGAAAUCAAGGGCAGGAACUGCUAUUAGUGCUUUCACUAUAAAAGAUAUCCGACUGGGGCAUAUUUAUUAUGUGCAAAGCAUCCAUAAAGGCGUGGAGCCACUGGAAGACAGAUUGACGUUUACUUGCUCUGAUGGUAUAAACUAUUCCCAAAGACAUUUCUUCCCAAUAGUGAUUAUUCCAUGCAAUGAUGAAAAACCUGAGAUUUACAUGAGGGAAUUUGUUGUGAUGGAAGGAAUGAGCCUUGUGAUUGACACCCCAAUAUUAAAUGCUGCAGAUGCUGAUAUCCCAACAGAUGAACUUGUGUUCUUUAUUACGAAGCCACCAAAACAUGGACAUAUAGUAAAUCAGCUAUCGAAUGGAACUGUAAAGGUCAACAGCUUCAGCUUGGAUGACAUCAAGGAGAGCUCUACCAUUCUAUACGAACAUGAUGACACCGAAACCAAAGAGGACAGCUUUGAAAUCAAGCUUACUGAUGGGAAACACUGGGUGGUCAAAAACGUGCUGAUUAUGAUUAUUCCAGUGGAUGACGAGACUCCCAGAAUGACUAUCAAUGAUGGACUGGAAAUUGAAAUUGGAGAAACUAAGCUGAUCAAUAACAAAGUCCUUAAAGCAACAGACCUAGAUUCAGAUGACAAGACUUUGACUUACAUAAUACGCUAUGGACCUGGCCAGGGUCUCCUACAGAGGAGGACGCCACAUGGGGGUGUUGAGAACAUCACGUUAGGCAUGAACUUUACACAAGACGAAGUAGACAGAGAUCUAAUACAAUAUCACCACUUUGGUCAAGAGGGCAUCCGAGACCUCUUUAAAUUUGAUGUCACCGACGGCAUUAACCCUCUAAUCGAUAGAUAUUUUUAUAUCACUGUGGGUGGCAUUGACAUGGUCUUUCCUGAUGUGAUAAGCAAGGGGGUGUCUUUGAAAGAAGGAGGAAAGGUCACCCUCACCACUGACCUGUUGAGCACAAGUGACCUAAACAGCCCAGAUGAGCACUUGGUUUUCACCAUUACCAGAGCACCCAUCCGUGGUCACCUGGAAUGCACAGACUUUCCAGGAGUUCCUAUCACCUCCUUCACUCAACUGCAGCUUGCAGGUAAUAAAAUCUACUACACGCACACAUCAGAUGACGAAAUCAAGAUGGACAGCUUUGAAUUCGAAGUUACUGAUGGCUAUAACCCGGUUUUCCGCACAUUCAGGAUAUCAAUCAGCGAUGUGGAUAACAAAAAGCCAGUCUUGACCAUCCAUGAACUGUCUGUGAGAGAGAGCGAGAAUAGACUGAUAACCCCCUUUGAGCUUACAGUAGAAGACAGGGAUACCCCCGAUAAGCUCCUAAAAUUCAUUAUCACUCAAGUACCAGUUCAUGGAAAGAUCAUGUUUAACAACAGCAGAGCAGUGACAUCCUUCACCAAGCAAGACCUGAAUGACAAUCUUAUCAGCUACAAACAUGAUGGCACCGAGUCAACCGAGGACAGCUUCUCGUUCACAGUUACUGAUGGCACCCACACCGAUUUCUAUGUGUUUCCUAACACAGUCUAUGAAACCAGGAAGCCUCAGAUGAUGAGAAUUCGAAUCAUAGCUGUUGAUAAUGGGGUGCCACAAAUUGUAGUGAACAAAGGGGCUCCCACAUUGCGCAUUCUUAGCACAGGACAUUUGGGGUAUAUGAUCACCAAUAAAGCCCUUAAAGUAGAGGACAGAGACAGCAACCACCUUACCCUGCUUAUCAGAAUCACACAAGGUCCAAGUCAUGGGUUCCUCAUUAACCUGGACAAAGGCAAUCACAGUAUCAAUCAAUUUGCUCAAGCGGAUAUUGAUGAAAUGAGGAUUUGUUACAUUUUACGGGACAAAGAAAACGCAACUAGUGACAUUUUCUACUUUACUGUUGAAGACACUGGAGGGAAUAAGCUGAAGAAUCAGCACUUCCGUCUGAACUGGGCUUGGAUAUCUAUCGAGAAGGAGCAUUAUGUUGUGAAUGAAGAUGCAAAGCAUUUGGAGGUUACUCUUAAACGCAGAGGAUACCUAGGAGAAACAUCAUUCGUCAGCAUUGGCACGGUUGAUGGGACAGCAGAAAAGGACAAAGAUUUCAGAGGGAAGGCUCAAAAGCAAGUGCAAUUCAACCCCGGACAAACAACCGCAACAUGGCGAGUACGGAUCCUGACGGAUGGAAAAUAUGAACAAACCGAAACAUUCCAGAUUGUUCUAUCGGAGCCGGUCAUGUCUGCCCUGGAAUACCCAGACAUAGCAACUGUGGAGAUUGUAGAUCCUGGAGAUGAAUCAACUGUGUUUAUACCCCAGUCCAUCUUUAAAAUUGAAGAAGACAUUGGUGAACUGUUGAUUCCAGUCAGAAGAAGUGGAGAUGUGAAUGAGGAGCUAAUGGUAAUCUGUUAUACUCAUCAAGGUACAGCUUCUGGAACGGUCCCAACAUCUGUUUUAUCAUACUCCGAUUACAUAUCCAGGCCUGAGGAUCACAACAGCGUGCUGAGAUUUGAUAAAGGCGAGCAGGAGAAAUCGUGCCGGGUGGUUAUCAUUGAUGACUCCUUGUACGAGGAGGCUGAGUUCUUCAAUGUCACUUUGAGUAUGCCGAUGGGUGGGAGGAUUGGAGCCGAAUUCCCUUCUGCUCAAGUCAUUAUUUUACCUGACAAAGAUGACGAACCAGCGUUCUACUUUGGAGAUAUUGAAUAUCACGUUGAUGAAAGUGCGGGAUUCAUUGAAGUACGGGUAUGGAGGACUGGCACCGACCUUUCAAAAACGGCAACUGUAACAGUGCGUUCACAAAAGACAGAGCCCGUAUCAGCGAUAGCUGGCAUAGAUUACGUGGGUAUUAGUCGGAACCUGGAUUUUGCUCCUGGUGUCAACAUGCAGACAUUUCGUGUAAUCAUCCUGGAUGACUUGGGACAGCCAGUAUUGGAGGGGGUAGAAAAGUUUGAGCUUGUGUUACGCAUGCCAAUGAAUGCUGUCCUCGGCGAGCCAAGCAAAGCCACAGUGUUUAUCAAUGACACUGUCUCUGACUUGCCCAAGGUACAGUUCAGAGAACCAGUAUACACAGGCAAUGAAAAGGAUGGACAGAUUGCGGCAAUGGUGUACAGGAGCGGUGAUAUUAAUCACAGGUCUACGGUGCGCUGUUACACACGCCAGGGGUCCGCACAGGUGAUGAUGGACUUUGAAGAGCGUCCAAAUACCGACCGCUCCAUAAUCACGUUCCUCCCAGGGGAGGCAGAACGUCCCUGCAUUCUGAAGCUGAUUGAUGACUCUGUUCACGAGGAUGAGGAAGAGCUGCGUCUCGUUCUUGGCACUCCAAAAAGUGAAUCACCGUUUGGCGCCUCCAUUGGUGAACUAAAUGAAACCUUGAUCAAGAUCAAAGAUGAUGCAGACAAGGCAAUAAUUAAAUUCGGAGACACCAAGUUUAGUGUGAGCGAGCCAAAGGAACAAGGACAGAUAGUUGUUGUAAAAAUUCCAGUCAUUCGUCUGGGAGACACAUCAAAGGUUUCCAUUGUGCGUGUGCACACAAAGGAUGGCUCUGCUACCUCUGGAGAAGAUUACAACCCUAUCUCAGAAGAAAUUGAAUUCAAGGAAGGUGAAACCCAGCACAUUGUUGAGAUUGAGGUUCUUUAUGAUGGAGUACGAGAAAUGAGGGAGGCUUUUACAGUGCAUCUUAAACCUGAUGAAAACAUGGUCGCUGAAACACAGAUGACCAAAGCGAUCGUGUACAUUGAGGAAAUAAACAGCAUGGCCGAUGUCACCUUUCCUUCAGUCCCUCAAGUGGUCUCUCUCAUGAUAUAUGAUGACACCUCCAGAGCUAAAGACAACCCCAACCCUAUUGCUGGCUAUCCAGUUGUCUGUAUUACAGCAUGUAACCCUAAAUAUUCUGACUAUGACAAAACCGGAUCCAUAUGUACUAGCGAAAAUAUAAAUGACACUCUGACUCGCUACCGCUGGCUGGUUAGCGCCCCCACUGGUUCCGACGGGGUGACCAGCCCCAUGAAGGAGGUGGACUUUGACACUUUUUUUACGACCUCCAAAAUGAUUUCGCUGGAUUCCAUUUACUUUCAAGCUGGAUCUCGUGUGCAGUGCGCAGCGCGGGCUGUAAAUUCAGAUGGAAAUGAAGGUCUGGAGCUGAUGAGUCCUAUUAUUACAAUUAGUGCAGAGGAUGGACUUUGUCACCCUAGAGUACCAGGGGUGGUUGGUGCUGAACCUUUCUCUGCUAAAAUGCGCUACACGGGCUCUGAUGACCCAGAUCAUUCGAACCUCAUAAAAGUCAUAGUUACCCUUCCACAUAUUGACGGGAUGCUACCUGUUAUAUCUACAAGAGAAAUGUCCAACUUUGAACUCACCCUGAGUCCUGAUGGUACCAGAGCUGGAAACCAUAAGUGCUCUAACCUUCUGGAUUACAAUGAAGUUAGAACUCGGUAUGGAUUCCUAUCAAACUCAACCAAGAAUCCAGAGUUAAUCGGUGAAACCUCUCCUUACCAAUACAGCCCGCAGCUCCGAGGAUCCAACACUCUGCGAUUCUAUCGAAAUCUUAACCUGGAGGCCUGCUUGUGGGAGUUUACCAGCUAUUACGACAUGUCUGAACUCCUGACCGAAUGUGGAGGCACAAUUGGCACAGAUGGACAGGUCCUGAAUCUCGUGCAAUCCUACGUGACCUUACGAGUUCCCUUGUACGUGUCCUAUGUGUUCCACUCCCCAGUGGGAGUGGGUGGCUGGCAGCAUUUUGAUCUCCACUCGGAGCUGCGCUUGACAUUUGUGUACGAUACUGCCAUCUUGUGGAAGGAUGGAAUUGGCAGCCCUCCUGAGGCAGAACUACAAGGCUCUCUUUACCCAACCAGCAUGCGUAUUAAUGAAGAGGGACGAUUAGUCGUCAACUUUAAAACAGAAGCUCGGUUCAAUGGUGUAUUUGUUAUGUCACACCCUGCAACUUCUCUGACUUCAAUGAUUAUGUCGGCGGACCAUCCGGGACUGACCUUUACCCUUAGCUUAGUACGGAGUGAGCCAACCUAUAACCAGCCAAUUCAACAAUGGAGUUUUGUAUCUGAUUUUGCUGUCCGAGACUACUCAGGAACCUACACAGUCAAGCUCAUUGCCUGCACAACAGCACCUUACCAGGAGUACAGUUUACCCACUGUUUGCAAUCCUCGAGAACCCAUAACUUUUGAUAUUGACAUCCGAUUCCAACAGGUGAGUGAUCCGGUACCUGCAGAGUUCAGUUUGAAUACACAGAUGCUGCUUCUCUCAAAGAAAUCUCUCUGGUUGUCGGACGGAUCCAUGGGCUUUGGACAGGAGAGUGAUAUCGCUUUUUCAGAAGGUGAUAUAAUCUACGGCCGCGUGAUGGUGGAUCCUGUGCAAAACCUGGGAAAUUCCUUUUACUGCAGCAUUGAAAAGGUUUUUCUAUGUACGGGGGCUGAUGGCUAUGUCCCCAAAUACAGCCCAGAUAACUAUGAAUAUGGCUGCCUCGCAGAUUCGUCUUCACUGUUGUAUCAGUUUAAGAUUUUGGACAAAGCUCAACCAGAGACACAAACUAUUAAAUUUGGGAGUGUUGCAUUUAAUGCCAGACUGGCUGUAGAUGACCCUGAAGCUUUGCCAUUGGUCAAGCAACCUGGUUCUGAUGGAUUUAAGGUUGAUUCGUCACCUCUUUUCCAGAUAUCCUUGGGCCGUGAGUGGUACAUACACACAAUUUAUACAAUGAGAUCAAAGGAAAAUGCCAACAGAGGUAUUGGUAAAAGAAGUGUGGAGAACCAGUACCAUUCCUUAAGUAUUGCCGCACCUUCACUGACUAACCGUAAGAAGAGAGAUGUCAGUGAAGCCCCUCAGAUUGCCCAAGAAAUUGGCAUAGAAAACAACAGAGGCACCAACAUUCAACAUAUUGCAUUGGAACGCAGCAACAAGAGACAGAUCCCUCAGAAAGAGGUCAACCUUGAUGGCAUUAUCCCAAAAGAGGUUAAUAAUAAAGAGGGUGAGGUCAGCAUUGUCACCAUUCUGGUGGUCAUCGCAGCUAUACUUCUACUCGCAAUCUGUCUCAUCGUUAUUGCUGUUUUAUUACUCAAACAAAAGAAGAAAUCCAAAAAGAAGGAAGAAGGUAAAGAGUCUGGGAGCAGCGAGCCCAUGAUGCCUCCUCGUGGGUAUAGUACGGACAGUUCAGAGGUUUAAUAGCCAAGAACUCCUGGUGAAACCAAUCAAGGUUGCCUCAAAACACAGCACACCAACCAUUUGGUUCUGAAAAAAAUUGAAUUAUGUUUUCUUUACUCAAGACUCAUGGUUGGUCCGACUUCGAAUGCCUUGCAUAUAGUUUGAGUUACAACCAC